AUGGAGUCGGAGUGGGACGCACUGAGAGCGCUGGGGAUGUUUACUGCCGUGUGCCUGCUGCUGUGGGUGACUUGGGGGCUGAGCUACACAGCCUAUGUGCACCUGCUGCCCCAGGCACGCCGGGGUGCCCCUUGGCUCCGGGCACACGGAGCCUGGGCAGUGAGGGGGGCUGAAGUGGGCCUGGGGCAAAGUGUCAAGCUGCUCCUCCUGCUCUUCCUCCUUCUCUCCUCUCUAGUGGUGACAGGAGCAACCGGUGGCAUCGGCAGGGCCUAUGCACAUGAGCUCGCUCGGAGAGGUCUGAACAUCGUCCUCAUCAGUCGAAACCUGAGCAAGUUGGAGCACGAGGCAAAGGAGAUAGAGCGGCUUCACGGCCGGGUCACUCGAGUCAUCCAGGCCGACUUCACCGGGGGCUUGGAGAUCUACGAGGCCAUUAAGGCAGGAUUGAAGGACCUGGAGAUUGGAGUCCUGGUGAACAAUGUGGGCAUGCUGUAUGUACCUCACAUGAUGAAAAUCCUCGACUGUGACAACGUCGCCAAAAGACUCUCGGAUGUUAUAAACUGCAACAUGAUGUCUGUGGCCCAGAUGACCGCCAUUGUCCUGCCCCAAAUGGUCACCAGGCGUAAAGGUGUUAUCAUCAACAUCUCUUCAGUGCUCGACAGGAGACCCUAUCCACUCUUAUCAGUGUACUCAGCUUCUAAGGCUUUCGUGCGGAGCUUCUCCCAAGCAGUGGGCGCAGAGUACUUCUCUCAAGGAGUCAUUGUGCAGACAGUGAGCCCCUCCAUAGUUGACACAAAUAUGACACGUCCCAUGAAAUUCCAGCAGUUCAGAGUGAGUCCCGAAGACUUUGCUCGGCAGGCGUUGGACACCGUUGGCCUCACCUCCCAAACCUUUGGGUGCCUCAGCCACGCUAUACAGAGUGUCCUGGUGGAUCUCUUCCUGCCCAGCUGGUUUUGUCUCAGUCGAUGGGGAGUAAAGUUUUUAUUUCUGUUUGGGGUGUACUCUACUAAAAGUGAAAAAGCUCUCUGAUAAAAGGCCUUGAAGAGGCGUGACCACUAGUUUUCUCCUCUCCUACACCCCCUACAUAGUCCUGGGCCAGGGCUGUUGGUGUUCGCAAAGAUGUCCCACACGUGUGAAUAGAGGGACAAGCAGGCCAGUGGAACAGAAGUGGACCCCGGAACACCUGGACAUUUAGUAACAACUGCGACAUCUCAAACCUCUGACAUUUUUAAUAUGUGGCUCUGAGACAAUCAGAUAGCCGUUCAGAAGGGGGGGAAGAUACAUAUUACA